AUGUUCGGUUUCGAGGAUAACCUGCUCCACAAGCUUGCUAAGGUUACCAACCUCCUUACCUCCAACCACAUGCAGGAGCGCUACUGGCCCGUUCACGCCCCCGAUGUUGGCAAUGCUCUGGAGCGUAUGCUUCACGAUGACUCCACUGCUGGUCAGACUUUCGAGCUUUACGGUCCCAAGGAAUACUCUACUGCCGAGAUUGCCGAGCUGGUUGACCGUGAAAUCGUCAAGCACCGCCGUCACAUCAACGUUCCCAAGCCGAUCUUGAAGCCUGUGGCCCACUACCUAAACAAGCUGCUCUGGUGGCCCAUUAUCUCGCCUGACGAGGUUGAGCGGGAGUUCAUUGACCAGGUGAUCGACCCCAAUGCUAAGACCUUCAAGGACUUGGGCAUUGAACCUGUUGAUCUGGCCACCCUUACUUUCCACUACCUGUUGGGUUACCGUAGCGCUUCGUACUACGAUCUGCCUCCGGCCACGGAGCGGGAGAGACAGGAGGAGAAGAAGUAUCUGCACGUCUUGGACGACCAGUAG